CCAUGCCUCCCGCACCGCUCCAAACAACUACCACAUCCCCAACACAAUCUACGACGCCAACACCGGCCCCAAGGGCGUCAUCGCCGACGCUCAAGCCUUCGAACGAGCCCGCAAGUCCUCCUUCCGCAAAACCUUCCUCUCAGCAGCUGGUUUCAACUCCAAUCCCUCAUCCUCGCACAACGACCUCCUCCAACAUCCUGCUGCGCAGGGUGAGAACAGUUCAGCGAGUGAAGACGACGAUGACUUCAUGCGGAAGUGGCGCGCGUCGCGCAUGCACGAGUUACAGACCCAGAGCAAUGGCGCGACCAGGCGUGUGAGUCCUAGGAGGCGGAUGUACGGAUAUGUCGAGGACGUUGAUGCCGGCGGGUACCUGGAUGCGAUUGAGAAGGUUCCGGCGAAUACAGUGGUGGUGGUUUGUAUUUAUGAUCCUGAGUCCAAUUCCAGCGCAAUAGUCGAAGACACGCUCGUUACUGUCGCCGAGAAAAACCCCCAAACCCGCUUCGUCAAACUCCACCAUGAAAUCGCAGAAAUGGACCAUAUCCAGGCGCCGGCGCUACUGGCUUACCGCGAUGCGGAGGUCUUUGCGACGAUAGUCGACAUUGCUCGGCAGAUCCCGAGAGGAAGAAGUGUCACAGCCGAGAGUUUGGAGGAUUUGCUGAAGAUGAAUCGUGUGCUGUAA